AUGACUGGCAUCACAACGGCACCCUAUUGGAUAGACUCCGAGGACUGGCAUACAGCUGGAGAGUCCUUCCGCAUCAUUGAAAAGCUCCCGCUAAAUUAUCCACCAGAAAAUAAAACAGUGGCUCAGCGUCGCUUGGCCGUUGUCAAUGAUGCCAAACAUCCCCUAGACCUUCUACGUCAGUCUCUCUGCCAUGAACCCCGUGGGCAUGCGGAUAUGUACGGCGGCUUUAUAACUCCACCUGAUGACAACGGGGCUCACUUUGGUGUGUUGUUCUGGCACAAGGACGGCUUCUCUACUGCCUGCGGCCAUGGUACUAUUGCCCUAGGCUUUUGGGCCGUAGCAAAAGGCAUUGUCAAGGCUCCUGAUGGAGAUGGUGUGGUAGACGUCGUGGUCGAUGUUCCGUCCGGGAGGGUAGUUGCCAGUGUCACCGUCAAGUCUGGGAAGCCCAUACAUGCCGAUUUCGUCAACGUGUUAAGCUACCAGUUUGCAAAGAACAUAUCUGUUCAUGUAUCCUCUCGGGACAUGACUGUCAACAUUGAUCUUGCAUUCGCUGGAGCUGUUUAUGCCACUUUAGAUGCAGCUCAAUUCGGCCUCGAAGUGGAAGCCAAUCAAUGCGAUGAGUUCAUCAGGCUUGGACGUGAGAUAAAGCGCUCGAUCGGCCAAAGAGCCAACCAUGGAUCUUACGACCUCUAUGGUGUCAUUUUCUACACCGAGGAAGGCGACAGGAAAGACGAAGCGGACGUGGUACGACAGAGAAAUGUGACCGUUUUUGCCGACGGGCAGAUCGAUCGCUCUCCCUGCGGUUCAGGUACUAGUGCAAGACUUGCUGUCCUCCUCGCCCAGGGCAGAUUGGAAUCCGAAACCUCCAAGCUUCUUCACGGAUCCAUAAUAUCGACGAUUUUUGAAGGGAAGAUCAGGUCCAGAGAAAAGAGCCCAGUGAAAGAAUUCCCUGCUUGCAUUCCUUGUGUCAGAGGUUCAGCCAACCUGGUCGGUCGCAUGAGCUUCUUCAUAGAUCCAUCGGACCCUGUAUUUCCUGGGUUCCUUCUAAGAUAA